GAAAGGGUUGGAACUUUCGAAAGUGCCACACAUCGUUGUCAGUGAAGCGUUGGAACACGGCCAGUUACGUAUAUUCACCGUAGACAAUGAUACAGAUCCCAAUGUUUGUUCGAAGAAUCCCAUACUCAGUAACCAGUUUAUGUGUUGAGGAAUUUGUGACUUCAUGAAUAUGCGGUGACACUUGGCGGGGCUAUAGAUGAUAUCUGGACUCUAAGAGUACUGUAAAUCCUUCUUUUAGGACGGACAAUUUUCGAGACAAGACUGGUCCUUCCCAUUAAGAAACGACUGCAGUACUGGCCCUUCUCACCGAGAUGAUUAAUUGUCGAUAUCCGUCGUUCGUACCAAAUCUCACAUGAGCGUGCAAGAUGGUAUGGCCUGAGCAAUAUGGCCGUGAUAUAAUUUCAAUCUGUCCAGACCUGGGUUAGAGUUCCUAAAAAGAGAGUUAAAUUCGCGGCAAACACACUUGUAUAUGCGGGAUCGAUUCUUCGCAUGAAGAGCAGGAGUGAUUGAAAUGAGCAAUUGGACGAUAGCAAUGCGGGAGCCAGAAGCCUUUAUCCAAUGCGAGGUAGAUAGACAAGAACGUUGAGGGCAACAAGCAUGGAAUAACCCCAUUGCACAAUAGCAGACAGAUCUCGCAGCAUAUCCCGUUGGAUUGAUACCAUGAGAACAAACAUCUGGCCGCGGGUUUGAAUGGGCAAAUGGUUAUUUUUGGUUGCCUAUCAAAGUAUUAAUAAUUUGCCAAGUGGAUCAAAUCGAUGCAACCAAUGCCAUAACAAAUGCCACGUUCCCCGUGGGCUCCAUCUGUGCUCCAUCGCAGCAUGAUGACAUGUAAAGCUUGGAGUUAGUGUUAUUCCCUCCAGAUGUGCAAGGCAAUGAGCUUUCUUCGUGUAUGGAGGAGGGAGGUAAGCAGACGUCAACUCAAGGCUUUGUUGAUGCCUCGUAAGUCUUCCAAGCGGCGAAAAGGAAAGAAAAGAAUGCGUGGUCAAGAAGGCUGAGUCCACUAAUUAGGAAGUUUAAAGCCUUAAGUUUUACCGUUCCGAACUAGCGCUUGUGGAUUGGAACGGGCGUUUCGUAGCGAAGCCGAUCAUCUAUCUACAAGUGACGAUUUCGAAGUAAUUAUUGACACUUGACGAUAUACCAACUGCCAAAAUCUGUGCAUUGAAUGUGCGAAUCUGGCCCUUUCAUGAUAGCCUCUUGCAUGCAGUUUCUCUCGCAUUCGCUGUGCUAAAACUCACUCCUUGAGAUCUACUGUCAUCAGCGCGGACCGUUGCGCCUGUAAGGGGGGUUGAUAACCAGGGUCGACUCAACUUCAAAAUGGGUAUCAGUCGUCGUCCGAAGGGGAACAAUAAUGCCUCUGCCGCAGAGAGUGCCCCGUCGGGGAAGCCGAAUAUCCAGAAAGCCCAGUUCGAUACGACCAAGAAGAAGGAAGUUGGUGUGUCGGAUCUUACUUUGAUCAGUAAGGUCUCUAAUGAAGCAAUCAACGAGAAUCUCAAGAAGAGAUUCGAUAAUAGGGAAAUCUAUACAUACAUUGGGCAUGUGCUUGUUUCUGUCAAUCCUUUUCGAGAUUUGGGAAUUUACACAGAUGCAGUCUUGGAUAGUUACAAAGGCAAGAAUCGGCUGGAGAUGCCACCUCAUGUCUUCGCCGUUGCCGAAUCUGCAUACUAUAAUAUGAAUGGUUAUAAAGAUAAUCAAUGUGUUAUCAUUUCAGGAGAAUCUGGAGCGGGAAAGACCGAGGCAGCAAAGCGAAUCAUGCAAUACAUAGCCAAUGUUUCUGGAGGCAGUAACUCAUCCAUUCAGGAGAUUAAGGAUAUGGUUUUGGCGACGAAUCCAUUGCUAGAAUCUUUCGGUAAUGCGAAAACAUUACGAAACAAUAAUUCCUCUCGUUUCGGAAAAUACCUCCAAUUGCAGUUUAAUGCGCAAGGAGAACCGGUGGGCGCAGACAUAACAAACUACCUUCUCGAGAAGACGAGAGUAGUCACUCAAAUCAAGGACGAGCGGAAUUUCCACAUUUUCUACCAAUUUACCAAAGGGGCUUCGCAAGCAUACAGGGAGAAUUUUGGUAUCCAGCAACCGUCGCAGUAUCUUUACACAAGCAAAGCCGGGUGCUUCGACGUUGAUGGAAUUGACGAUCUUGCCGAAUAUCAGGACACUUUGAAUGCCAUGAAGAUUAUCGGUUUGUCGCAAGCUGAACAAGACGAGAUAUUCCGUAUGCUAGCUGCUAUCUUGUGGACUGGAAAUAUUCAAUUUCGUGAAGAUGAAGAUGGAUAUGCUGCAGUUGUUGAUCAAUCAGUUGUUGACUUCCUGGCAUACCUGCUGGAUUGUGAUGCAGGCCACGUUAUUCAAGCUAUCACUAUUAGAAUUCUUACUCCUCGGAACGGGGAAGUUAUCGAAUCACCCGCGAAUGUUCCUCAAGCGCUGGCCACGAGGGAUGCUCUUGCUAAAGCAAUAUAUAACAACCUCUUCGAUUGGAUUGUCGAGCGUGUCAACAAAUCCCUCACUGCCCGGUCAGCGACAUCGAACUCGAUAGGUAUUCUCGAUAUUUAUGGUUUUGAGAUUUUUGAGAAGAACAGUUUCGAGCAGUUGUGUAUCAACUAUGUCAAUGAGAAAUUGCAACAGAUCUUCAUUCAGCUAACAUUGAAGACUGAACAAGAGGAAUAUGCCCGGGAACAGAUCCAAUGGACGCCAAUCAAGUACUUUGACAACAAAAUUGUUUGUGAUUUGAUCGAAUCUAUGAGACCACCAGGUAUAUUUUCCGCUAUGAAAGAUGCAACAAAGACAGCCCAUGCCGAUCCAGCUGCAUGCGAUCGUACCUUCAUGCAGGCAAUUAGCGGAAUGUCGAAUCCUCAUCUUACCCCUCGACAAGGCAAUUUCAUUGUCAAGCAUUAUGCUGGUGAUGUGAGCUAUACAGUAGAGGGAAUUACCGACAAGAAUAAGGAUCAACUUCUUAAGGGCUUACUCAACCUGUUUGGACAAAGCAAAAAUCAGUUCAUUCAUGAAUUAUUCCCCCAUCAAGUCGAUCAGGACAACAGAAAACAGCCUCCAUCUGCUGGUGAUAAAAUAAAGGCCUCAGCAAAUGAUUUAGUGGCAACAUUGAUGAAGGCAACACCAUCAUAUAUCCGUACAAUCAAGCCUAACGAAAAUAAAUCACCAACUGAAUACAACGAGAAGAAUGUUCUGCAUCAAGUCAAGUACCUUGGUCUACAAGAGAACGUUCGUAUUCGUCGUGCCGGAUUUGCAUAUCGUCAAACAUUCGACAAAUUCGUUGAACGAUUUUACCUACUUUCUCCUAAAACUUCCUAUGCAGGCGACUACAUCUGGACAGGAGAUUCAAAAACUGGAGCAAUGCAAAUUCUGAAAGACACCAACAUACCUGUUGAGGAAUAUCAAAUGGGUGUGACAAAGGCAUUUAUCAAGGCGCCUGAAACUCUGUUUGCACUAGAACACAUGCGAGACCGCUACUGGCAUAACAUGGCUGCCCGUAUUCAACGUGUGUGGAGGGCGUUCUUACAAAUCCGAAUCGAGGCCGCCACUCGAAUUCAAAGGAUGUUCAGGAAGAAGAGAGAAGGUAAAGAGUUUCUGGAGUUAAGAGAAAAGGGCCACCAGGUUCUCCAGGGGCGCAAAGAGAGGAGAAGAUACAGUCUCCUAGGUUCAAGACGUUUCAUGGGUGAUUAUCUUGGGAUUGCAGCAACCACAGGGCCUGGAUCAAAAAUACGCGGGUCAAUCAAUUUGCCAGCUAACGAAGCCACAAUUUUCUCCUGCCGUGGUGAGAUUCUCGAGACAAAAUUCGGUCGAUCAAGUAAGCUAAGCCCUCGCAUCUUCAUCAUGACGAAGGCGAAGUUCUACAUAGUUAGUCAACAGCUUGUGAAUAAGCAGGUCCAAAUUGCUGUGGAAAAGGCCAUUCCCCUUGGAGCUAUCAAAUUCGUUAGCAUAUCGACUUGCCGGGAUGAUUGGUUUUCCCUAGGCGUAGGCUCACCACAGGAAGCGGAUCCGCUUCUUACUUGCGUUUUUAAGACCGAACUGUUUACACAUAUGCAAGGAGCAAUGCCUGGUGGCGGUUUCAAUCUUAAAAUAGGAGACUCGAUCGAGUAUGCCAAGAAGCCUAACAAAAUGCAGUUAAUUAAGGUGGUCAAAGACUCUCAACAGGCUCAAGAUCAUUAUAAGAGUGCAACUAUUCACACCCAAGCGGGUGAGCCACCCACCUCGCGAUCAAAACCUUUGCCGAAAGGCAAGCCUGUUGCGCCGAAACCGUUCACCUCUGGGCGUCUUAUUAAGCCUGGGGGACCAGGAGGACGACCCUCGAAACUGACGAAUGGAAACCGACCAACACCCAAGCCAGUUCCUUCACCUGCUGCGGCAAGACCUGUACCUACACCAGCAGCAGCAGCAAUGCCGAUACCCGCGCCGAUACCCGCAGCCAACCCUAUUGCAGCCUCUAUUCCAGUACACACAAGAAACCCCUCUUUGCAAUCAGCACAAUCUACGAGAGCUGUGCCACCACCUCCUCCGCCCGCCCCACCUGCUCCACCCCCAGCUCCAGCUUCGAAAGAACCUCAAUACCGCGUUCUUUACGAGUUUGCUGGACAAAGUGCCAAUGAAUUUUCUCUCAAGCAGGGUGAGAUAGUGACUGUCCUCCAGAAGGAGACAAAUGGCUGGUGGCUCACCAAGAAUGUCCGUGGUCAAGGCUGGGCACCUACUGCUUACCUCGAAGAAGUGGCACCGCCCCCACCACCACCUAUCGCCUCUCGUCCAACACCACCACCUCCCCCUGGACCUCCGAAGAUGAAUGGCGCAAAUGGUGCUGCGGUUCGCUCCAAGCCUACUCCGCCUGCACCACCCGCCAAACGCCCAGUAGCUGGCAGGAAACCAGCUCCUCCUCCUGCACCCCGCGAUUCCGGAAUGAGUAUUUCUAGUAAUGGGAGUGGUAAUAACAGCGGUCGGAGCACACCCACUCCAAGCUUAGCUGGUGGUUUAGCUGAAGCUUUACGCGCGAGGCAAAGCGCAAUGCAAGGGAACGCUAAAAAAGAAGACGAAGAUGAUUGGUAAACGAGGAAGCAAGCGAUAUCAUAUGAUAAAAGUUCUUGACUGAUUAGGCGAGAUGAGAGAAGCGAAACCGAAGUGUAUGGAAAGCAGAUAGAAUGAAGAAAUGAAGCGAAACUAUUGUUCUUUACAUGCAACUUAGCGAGGCUAGGCGGUAUUUUCUACAAAAUCCUGUGUGCGUGUUGACACGGGAUUGAUCGUAUGCAUUGUGCUUGAGAGCGUUUUCUGAUAUAGAAAGACAGAGAUCGCUGGUUUUAUAGUCUGGGGGAAGAAAGGGUUGGGUCAGAGGGUUCUUCAUAGAUAGAAAGGCGAAUGCUUUA